CAUUUUGGCAGAAAUCACAAUGUCGACCAGCCGCAAAUUGAAGAGUCAUGGCGUGAGGAGGGGCAAGAACCGAGCUCCUCACAAGGGUGUCAAGAGAGGUGGCAGCAAAAGAAAAUACCGAAAGGGCAGCCUGAAGAGUAGAAAACGGGGCGAUGACGCCAAUCGCAAUUACCGCUCCCACUUGUGACCCGCCAGCCGGCUCUGCCCUGGUGGACUUCAAAUAACACCAGGCAGUAAUGAGAAAAGAACAGAAGGGGGACUGCCAAGGAGACCUGACGUUAGAUCAAAGCGAGAGAAGAGCCUCGCUACAGUGGGUAAAAUGCCAGUCGUGACGAAAUAAGGAAUGUAUAUGUUGGCUGCUGCUUCUCCCCAACAUCUCAAUAAAAUUUUGAAA